UCUUGUGGAUUACAGAGUCGUGUACGACUGGAUAAUCAUCAGAAACCCGAGUUUGUGCAGGUAAUUGUUUCAUGGAUUACAAGUAUCUGAAGAUGCAGCACAUUCACAUAAUUACUGCCAAUUAAGAACUGCAUUGGUUGGAGGGUAAUUUUUUAAGAGAGGAUUAGUGGAAUGUGGACUUUUUUUUGGUAAUUUGAGCGGCGUGGGGGGUCAAUUAUAACUUUUACCACGUGCGUGCGUAAAGUGGAUGGCUGGGCGCGCACACUUGCGACACACCACUGCGGGCGACGGCUGCAGUCAGACGCGCGGUUCGGGAGUGGGAGUGAGGGCUAUGGACGAUUCACCGGCCGAUCAACCUCUCAGAGACUGGAACGAAAAGACUUGUCUCCUCCGCGAGAUCUGAAUAAAAAGUCUAUACCUGAAAAAAUGCGCGGACGCGCGGACAUCAGUCGGUGAUCUUUGUCUGCUCGACUUCGAGAUAAGGUGAGGGAUUAUUUUUUGGGGAAGGGGGGUCUAUCGUCUCACUCGGAUAUGGCACAUCUGUGGAUCCAAUAAGAGAAUCCCACAGCGUCAGGCGCGUCUGCGGACCCGCACUCGGAAACUCGCGUGGCGCAGGAGGACGCGGUGCCUCCGCUCGAGUCGACGGCGCCAUGGUGAACUGCCUCGUGCUGGUGCUCGGCUGGACGGUGCUGUCCGAGGUGGCGAGGGCUCAGAACGACACGGAGCCCAUCGUCCUGGAGGGCAAGUGCCUCGUGGUGUGCGACUCGAACCCGGCCACGGACUGGAAGGCUUCGUCCUCGCCGCUCGGCAUCUCGGUGCGCGCCGCCAACUCCAAGGUGGCGUUCUCCGCAGUCCGGAGCAACAACCACGAGCCGUCGGAGAUGAGCAACAAAACGAGGAUAAUCUACUUCGACCAGAUCCUUGUGAACAUAGGAAACUACUUCACAUUCGAGUCUGUGUUUUUGUCCCCGAGGAAAGGGGUCUACAGUUUUAACUUCCACGUCAUUAAAGUGUACCAGAGCCAAACCAUACAGGUGAACCUGAUGUUGAAUGGGAAACCGGUCAUCUCGGCCUUUGCGGGCGACAAAGAUGUAACUCGUGAGGCGGCCACCAAUGGAGUUCUGCUCUUUCUAGAGAAGGAGGACAAAGUCUACCUCAAGCUGGAGAAGGGAAACCUAGUCGGCGGAUGGCAGUACUCGACAUUUUCUGGCUUUCUCGUGUUCCCGCUGUAAAGAAAAAGAAGAUUGCGAGCGUACUGGCUUCUUCAUAACGUGUCGUCACCGUAUAAUCAAAAACAUUGCCGCUGCAUCGGUUGGAUCUUGCCAAAUGGUUGAAAAAUGAUGGAUGGAAAUGGAUAACAUCAGAGAGAGAGGAAAUAAGACUUUUUGGAAAUCAUUCACAUUCUCUGAAGUGCUCAGUCCCUGUCCAGUUGAAGAAGACUUGUAAUGUUCCCCAUCCCUACUCUAUGCUCCUGUCACUCAAGGAGCCUCGGAGAGGAGCACCGAAACAUCGCAGAAGUACUUUUCAAACUUGUUGGAAUAUGUUUAGCAUACUGAUUUCCUCCGUGACAACAGUUUCUUUUUCUAUAUAUAUCUGCCUUUUGGGUGUAAAUUGUAUAUACCUGCGUUACUUGUCAUCACCAAAGCUUUCACAGUGCUAGGUGUUGGGGGUGGUUGGUGACAGGGGGUGGGCGAGGGCUUUGUCAAAGCAGAGCGCUGAGGGUGGUGGAGGUCACUGAUAACUGAGAUCCAUGUUUAUGGAACUUGUUUCGUGCGAUUAAUUUAUUCAAAUUUGAUUUUAAAAAGCUAACGGGUCAAUGCUCAAUGCAAUGAGGCUCAAGAACAAAGCGACUACAAAGAUACGGCACACAGCCGCACAGAGACAUCAAAUAACUACCAGAAAUGCGGAAGAACAACAAAAGGGAUGAACAAGACAGCUACACACGACUGCAAAGAGACAGAAAACAGAUUUGGAAGAAAUACAAAGUGGUCACAGAGACAAUGGAUGGCUACAAAGAGACAGUGAAUACAAACAACCCAGUUAUCUGGAGCUGCAAAGAUACAACAAAAUGCCAAACAACCACAAAGAGAUGGGAAACGACUGUGGUCAUUUUGUGUCUCUUUCAGUCUGCGGGUCUUGCUCCUGUGUUGAGGGUCCUGGGGCCUUGAACAUGUCUGUGCCGAGGGGCCCAUUGUGUCAGAGGUCGGAUUUCAUAUUUCUGAUCCUUCAGGCCUCGCUGCUGAUCCUGCUGAUAUUUGCUGUUGUCCACCGUGUUUCUUUCAACUUACAUUUACAGUAUAUUCUACCAAUUUUUUUACCGAAAAAACAUGUCAAAAGGAAAUGUAAUUCUGACCCUCGGAUCACACGAUGAUGAACCCACAGCUGGGCAGCUCCACUCAGCUCAACAUUUUAGCGUAUUUCAGCUAAUUGUGCUAAAAGUGUUUUGUUUCAAUGGCCCGGCGACUAUAAUGCAACUUUUUCAGUUUACUGUCACUGCUCUCACCAGCACCAAGCUGCACAAAGUCAGUGGUUAGCUGGUGAACAGCGGGAGCAUUUGAGCAGCGAAAGAGGCAGAUAUUUCCCUGACAUGUUGGUGGAGACCAAAUAUAGAGCUAAAAGAUUUAGUGAAUGCCGGACCAAAGGCCAGGACACACGAGACCGACGGAGCGUCGCUGAAUGUCGAUAGUCCAAGUCGUGGCGGUCUGUUCAAAAUUGUUGGCCGUCCAUACUCGUCUAUAAUGCUGCGUUCCAGUUUACCUCGGAAGUCCGGUUCAUCGUUCCAGUAUGAUCUCGGAACUCGGAAUUACGACCUCCUAGUCGGAAAUUGCAGAUGGAACACCCCUUCGAGUCGGGGGACGAGUUCCAGGUUAAACUGGAAUGCAGCGUGGGUUGCCUUUGUCAUUGUGGGUUAGGAAAAUCAAGAGGGUACAAGCCCACAAGACUAUUGAAAAAGAUUAGCUCUCAGCCAGUUCAUCCUAUCUAUCUGUCAGCAAUUAGAAUGGUAGGAAAGAUUGCUUUGUUUACGCUUUAUGGCGCUGGGUCCACUGAAUGUCAUCGGUUGGGGUUUUUUCGGAUUCCCUUUCUGACUGACGUAUACAAACUACCGCCCCCUGCUGGUAUGGAGAGUUAUUUCCUCUCGCGUAUGGCACGGAACUUACAAGCUAGCUAGCCGUUGGAUUUAGUCUUGGCCGUGUGUUCCCGGGUACAAUUUAGUUUGCCCGACGCAGCCAAGACAUAUGUGGCGAGAGCAGACACAGCAGGCGGUCUUUGUCGAUGACGUCGUGCUGGCGUGUCCCCACUUUUACACUCAUCAGUUGGCCAGAAAUACACGGGAAGUUCAAACAAAUGCUAAUGUUGCUCUGUACCCACCUUAGGUGUAAAUAGGCAACUGUUUGCAAUUGCAAAAGUUCCCUAAAAUAUUUCAUUGUUAUAGUAAUUUGAGGUCAGAGGAAGAUAAUUGUUUUCGGUCAUAUGUUAAUAAAGUAAAUCAUGUUUCAAGUCACUGUUGCCUUUUUCAACAUUCAACAAAGAACCUACUCCUUCCCUGACCUGGUGCCUAAACAUAACCAUGAAAAUGUUAAUGACGCUUCACUUGUCACAGCGCCGGUGGCUGUUGUGUUGCAAGAGCAGAUAUUAUGGGGGGGGGGAAAUAAACAAAAUAUGUCGUCAUUGCAUUAUAUAAAAUGAGUUUGGGUGGCAUCGCAUUUCUCUUGAAAACGUAUCUGCUGUUGAAAAUAUGUGGUCUGUAGCUGUGAUUUCAACCUGUGUAUUUAUAAUAAAUCUUGCACAAGUCAACUCAUGGUUUAUGGAUCUUAAUAAAGUUUAAUGGGCAUCUGAGAACCCUAAUUGGUUAACAGGCUGAUAAUAAACAGAUUCCUGCCACAGUUGGUGAGCAUAAAUAGGAUUUCACGAGGCAGCCUGGGAUAACGGAUGAAUUAAUAAACUCCCUAACUGUUGCUCUGGAGCUCGUGUGCGAUCACAGUAUGCGAUGGCUGUCCCCUUCUUGUCUACAGCCGAGUUACUGUUGGCCUCACUGCAGUGUGUGCAGCUGCAUUGUUAAAAACAACCUGGAAGCCUGCAGAGGAUUUUUUUUCUUUAGGGCUUUUUUAAAAUCAUGUUGUGUUUUUUUUUCUUCCUUCCGAAUUGAAAUAAAGAUAUGCUCCCCUCA